AUUGAUAUCACUAAUCGAUAUCAAGCUAAAUGUGUCAUCACUAGUGAAAAACCACGCUUUCUAAAAAGGGUGAAAUUCGCAAUAGGAAUUGACAAAUGGACAAGGAAAACAGAUCAGGUGACCAUUUAAAGUAUCAGCCGUUGGGCGAUCAGGACGGGAUAAGUUCGAAAUUGCCGGACAUUCCGAGAGCCCUGCAAUUGACUAAUGCCAAGGAAUCCUCCGCGACUCGCGGUUUAGGCCAAAGUGCUUCUAAGUCCGAAAUGGGGAAAUCCCAGCUUCAGAACGAUUCAUCUCUUCAAAAAAACAUUCAGGAAACUAAAACCAUUACUGGAUCGUGCAUCGAAGCUCAAAGAAUAGGGGCUACACCGAAGAAGCAAUUGGAAGGCGUCAAGGAACCUAAUAUGAUUUCUUUAUUACACACUAAUGCCAGUAGCAAUGUGGAUGAUCGCCAGCGCCAGGAGACAAUAGAUAAUGAAAAAAGUGAUGUCCAGAAAGAGAAAGAGGACGCGAAAGUGAAAGUCAUAAGAAACAUCGAAAAGGUGCAAUUUGGGCGUUACGAGAUCGAGACCACGUCUUCCAGUCCCUAUCCUGUAAUAAACGACAAGGCGACCACCAUUUACGUUUGUGAAUUCUGCCUAAAAUACAUGUGCUUGCGGAAAAGUUACUCCUACCACCUAUACGAUUGCAAGAAGAGGUGUCCGCCGGGCAGCUUGUUAUACCGAAAAGACAAUAUUUAUAUCUACGAGGUCGAUGGCCAUAAGGAGCAGCUGUAUUGCCAGUGCCUCUGCCUAAUGUCAAAGCUCUUUCUGGAAAACAAGAAAAUUCUUUACAGCUCGAGUUCGUUCUUGUUUUAUAUCCUGUGUUUGAAGGACAAGGAUGGCGAGCACUUUGCAGGUUACUUCGCCAGGGAGAAGACUAUGCUGAAUAUCAACCUGAAUUGCAUCCUUGUUUUACCGCCCUAUAUGCGCAAGGGAUACGGAAAGUUGUUGAUUGAUCUGAGCUACGAGAUCUCUCGCAGGGAGGCAUGCAUCGGAGGUCCCAAGAAGCCGCUGUCGAAAGUUGCCAGACUUUGUUACCUCAGCUAUUGGGGCCACAUCCUCCUCAAUCUGCUGAGGCACCACUCAUCACCGGACCUGGUGACCAUCGAAGAGCUGAGCAAAGCGACUGGCUUCCGCGAGGAGGACAUAAUAAGCACUUUAGAAUUUAUGGGGAUGACGAAGUACUACAAGGUUGACCACAUCAUGUUCUACACUACUUCAUCGAUAAUUGAAGAUCGCCGUGGGCUCGCACAGUUUAAAAAGCCGAGGUUGACCAUUCACAGGAAUCGCCUCUCCUGGAAGACACCCACAGGACGAAAGUAGAACAUUUUCAUGAUAUAUGUAUGCCACUUUGUAUGCCAACAAUUUACACUAGUAAACUGAUUGC